GACGUUUGCAGAUGAUGAGAUGUCAAAAUCAAAGUUUGGUCCUCUGGUUGGUGCCAUAGAUGAGGGAACUAGCAGCUGUAGGUUUUUGGCAUUUGCGUCGAACACAGCCGAGGUGCUGACUUACCACCAGCGCGAGGUGCGGCUGAUCUACCCGCGCGAGGGAUGGGUCGAACAGGACCCGCUAGAGGUGAUGGAGGCGGUGCACGAGUGCAUAGAGCGCACUGUUGCCAACCUGCGCCACCUGGACAUCGACCCCAGUGCUCUGGUCGCCACGGGCAUCUCCAACCAGCGCGAGACAACUGUCGUCUGGGACAAACUCACUGGCAAGCCGCUCUACAAUGCUAUCGGUCAGUGGUGUUCUGUAUCAAGUUGGGUUGAUACUGUAUCGUAUUGUGUUGAUAAUGUAUCAUUUUGUGGUGAUACUGUAUAAUUUAUGUUGAUACUGUACCAUUUAUGGAUAUAGAGAGAAGAUAGCAUUAGGGUAACCGUCCAAUGGAACUGUAUUAAACCGAUCCGUUGGGCCGUUAAUUCGGCCGAAUAUGGUCGUCCAUUGGAACCGUUUACGUCAGUCUAGUUGCCAAUUAUUGAAUUGACUACUACCAUAGCCAUCUACAUUUUUCAUAUACAAUGAUUAUAUGGGAAUGUGAAAAUUGAAUAAACAAAUAUCCACUAAA